GCCAACCCACCCGGGCCUGCCCGACUCGAGAGCUGGGCCAUGGCAUGGUCUUCGUGAACGUCGGGGGCCGCGUCUUCUGCGCCUCCGAAGACACGCUGCGGCGCUGCGGGGGGUUCUUGGCCCGAGCGUUGGAUGGCACGAUCCCGCUGGACCGCGACCAGGAGGGCCGCCUCUUCCUGGACCGAGACCCCGAGCUCUUCGAGUGGGUCCUGCGCUUCGCGCGGACCGGCGAGAUUUGCAAGGACUUCCCCGGCGCUCUGCAGGCGGAGUUCGACUACUUGCUGCUGGCUUGGCCUGACUGCUGCAUGCGCUGCAAGGUGCGUUUCGACCCGAGUCGCAACACCGACACCUCCUGUCGUCACCACCGCUUCCCAUGGAUGGAGGACUUGGAGGUGUCGAGGGAGGAGAAGCUGUGCUGCGCCUGGCCGGAGCGCUCGGAGAAGGGCUCCUGCAAGAGCUGCGGCGCCGAGCGGCUCGGAGGGAGCUUUGCGGUCGCCAGCUCUUCAGGACCUUCGUGAAGCGCUAUGCCUGCUGCAAGGGCCGCAUGGACGACGCGGGCUGCCGCCGCUGCCGCCACCAAGCGGAGAACGACAUGGCCUAGAGGGG